AUGAAGAGAAUACUAAUGAAAGAGAAGAGAUUUCCCAAUAUCUUUCUAUUUUUUCUUAUGAUGAAUCAGGUUACGAAAAUCCGAUGGCGUUGGCUUGCCGGAGAUGAAGAAGACAACCUGGUGAUGCGGUACUCGGGAGGUGGAAUUGGCAACGGAGGUGGCUCCAUAUGGAUGUCGCGGACCUCCCACUGGAUGGAAUCGAAGUGGGACGAUGUGCUUCGGUCGUCAACGGCGGCUGCGCGGGAUGCAGUAUGGUAUGGAUUGGGCAUCUCGAGGAUGGGCUCUCUUCGCAAGGCUCCUCCACGCCAGUACGCUCUCUGA